AUGGUUCGACGGGAGGUCGAGCGGAGAGCUGCCGGGCGCUGCGGGGAUUGCCGCCGAGGAUCGCCUGGAGGCGAGGACCUGCGACUACGAGGGGCUGGACAGGGCCGCGAGCUGCUGCUCACGGAGGGCGUCCACGUGCUGGACGAGGCCAGCGCGGAGGCGGCGUCAGCAGCCGACCGCUACCUGCGGGCGCUGCACGCCGAAGGCAUGCCGGGCGGGAGGCUCGGCAUGAUGUACCACCUCUGCGGCAACGCGCAGGAGGAGUGUUCAGCAGGCUGCCCGAUCGACGCUUGUGGAGUCGAGCACGUCGAUAUCUGGCGGCUGACCGACCCACGCGACCAAGCGACGUUGGAGGCGGAGUACCACUUGGGCCCACACGCCUCGGAGAUCGCUGGGCUAGGGCGGGCGCUCGAUGUCCCUGCCCUAGACGGGCGCCUUGCCCAGCUGGGCCAGAGCCUGCAAGGAGGCUCGGGGUGUGGCCCCGGAUCCCGAGCGGUCGCCAUGAACGAUGUCAUGCCUGGGGCUUCUCAGGCGCUGGAGCAGCGCGCGCAGGGCCCCACAGCUGCUGGGAGUGGUGCUCGAGUCUCGGCAGCGCCUGCUGGGUGCGAGAGGGCCGCCGAGAUGCUGACGACGGUGUUGCCGGGCGGCGUGGUUGUCUGCGUGCUCAGCGACGAGGGCUCUGGCGUGCUUGGUCGCGACGCUUACCUGGGGAUCACCGGCAGGCGGCAUUUGAUCCAGAGGAUCGCAAAGCAGCGACCGGGAGUCCACCUGGGGAGGGGGCCUGCGCACCCCAGGAGGCAGGUCCCUCAUCUGCUCGCGGGCCCGAGCCAGGCGGUCCCCCUCAGCCCCUACGUGACGCAGUACCACAACGCGGUGUUCUACGCGGCAUACCCGCUGCGGACGGUCGACGCGGACGGAGUGCGAGUGCUGCACCCGCUGGGCGAGGCGUUCGACGGCUUAUCUUGUGGGCUGGUCGUUGAGGGCAACGAUUUGCCCAUGCAGGAGUUCAAGGCCAGGGCGAUGGCACAUCGGGACGGCCAUUGUCGCGGUGGCCGGUGGCUCGCGCUGAUCCCCAGCAAGAGUCGACCCGCCGGCGCGUCCCGCGACGGAGAGGAUGCAGCCGAGCGGGUAGAGGUCAGCAGCGCGGUGCCAACCAAGCAGGGACCCCCCUCUCUGAUCGGCGCCAGGCCGCAGGCGCGGCGCAACCCGGACCAGGGUGGCGAGACAGCCCUGGUGGCAGGGGUGACGCUGAGCGCCAGCCAGGCAGGCCAGAGCCUGGAGUUUGCUGCUGGCGGCCACGCGGGUGCUGCAGGGGCGCGCGAUGGUCUGCGCAUGCGAGGACCUGUGCAGAGGUACCGCUGGGGGAAGCUGCACGCCAGAGCCGAGAGGCCUGGUGGGCAACCGCGGUUCGGCCUAGUCAUGAUGCUCUAUGAAGCAGUACACGGUGCUCCAGGAGAUGUCGGGGGAUUUGUUCGUAGCGCUCCGCCAGAACAGCGAGCGCGCCCCGCGCGGAUGCGCGAGGUGCUGCCGCUUCCUAUUCCUGACGCUCCUGGGAUCGCGAGGUGCAGUGCAGAGUGGCUGAAGCAGAGCACGGUCCUGGAGGCUGGACUGGAUGCUGCGAUCGCUGCGGGCCGGGCAGUCCUGGUCGCGCGUUCCCUGAACCACCAAUGUGUCGGACAUGCUGAGGGCAGCCCAGUCCCCACAGGCCCUCUCACGGCCGCGCAGGGGAGCUCGAUGCGGGUCAUUCGCAGGGCUGCCAGGUAUGUCGCCUCAGACUCCGCGAAGGGCUUCCAGGGCCCUGACUGGCACGAGGACGUUGCUGCGCGUGAUGACACACAUGGAGGCGAGGAGGUGACGCGCGCCUUGCCGCUCGCGGUAGGAGGCGACAUACCAGUCCUCCCGCCGUGCGGCAGUAUCGCCGCUGUGCGUGUGCUGGACAUCGUCGAGGAGCAUGUGGCUGGGUGGUCUGCUGAUCCCACGAUGGCGCUGCUGCCCAAGGCCGAGUGGCCAGAAGAGGUUCAGUGGGCGGCUACCCAGGCGAGAUCGGAUGCGGAGUGGCAUCGCUCCGGCGCCGAGCUUGUGGAACUAGGCCUCGCUGCGCCCAUCGCCAACGUCUGGAUCUUCAAGGGUGGCAACAGGGAGAUGGCACGGCGGCUCAUCAUCAACAUGGUCCCCGCGAGCCGCUACCAGCGGAUGAUGCGAGACGACAUCGGGGCCUGGCAGCCCUACAUGACCUCGGUCGAGGCGAUCCCCGGCGAGCUCAUCGGAGUCAGCAGGGCAGAGAGGGCGCCCCUGAUAGCGGAGAAGCUGGAGCACGCCUGGGUGCAGUACGACAUCAACGACGGAGACCACGGGGAGAUCGUCCUGGUGGGCCGUCUUGAUGAGUUGGCAGGCUCGCUUAGCGAGGUCCAGUCUGAGCUGCGCGCUGCCUGUCAGAGGAGUGGCAUCCAAGUUGCUAAUGGCAAAGCCAAGCACCGUGAGCGUGGGCUGGAGCAGAUGGGUGCUGAUCUAGACGGCAUGGGCGGCCGCGUUGGAGUCGCAGUCGAGAAGCAGCUCCUGCUCGUAACGCUCGUGAUGGUGGAAAUGGGCCAGCCUCAGGUCACGGCCAAGGCGGUGCUCGUCGUGCUGGGCCGCUCGGUGCGCAUCGCGGAGGUCUGCGUGCCGUUCGUGGGGUUCCUGAACGAGUGCGGGGCUGCUGGGCAGUGGCGGAAUCCGCAAACUGUGGCCUCAGACAUGUGCGGCGAGCUCCUGGUCUUCUGCAUGGCGGCCACACGUGGUCUCGCCGACUUGAGAGCCAAGAUCGACCCGGGGAAGAUUACAACGGAUGCGAGCGAGCAG